AUGGCGUCCGACGAGUACUACCAGCUAUGCCUACCCAUCCUUGAAGACGACACGAUCGACGAUGACGAGAAGACCGAACGUUUGGAGGAAUUGCUGAGCAAGGAAACCGGCCUGCGAGGCGCUCCUCUGGAGAAUACCAUACUAUCAGUCCUAUGGCGGCGACGAAAUGGGGGAGAAGCAACUGAUCAGCCACUCCGGCACACCGUCAUCCGCAAGGCCUCGCCGGCGCCAUGGCAGAUGAACCGUGCUCCGACUCCAGUCGGCUCUCCUCCGCCAGCAGCAUCCAGUCCGGCUCCCAGCCACGGCUUCAUGCAAAGUCGACCCAGCUUUUCCCGGCAGAAGUCAGCCAUCUCUUCACCGUUUCACUCUCCGAAGCCUUCUCCACGACUUGCCCUUGCCCAUCCGAUUCCUCACAGCCCAAGCCUGAAUGCGUACGAGUUCUCCGAUGCAAGUCCAGCGCCCGAUAUCUACGGAGACUACGGCAGCGAGAAUGUCGACUGGCUGCUACAAGAUGAGACGGCGAGCAAUGCUUCAUCCACUGCUCUCAGUGCUGUCGCAGCCGAGUGGAUGCCGCAUCCCGACAUGAGCCCAUACGAUAUACUCAGAUCAGUCCUCGGAGACAAGAAAACGGAUGACGAGAUCGAAGCUGCGCUGAAUGAGAAUUCAUUCGAUCUGGGAGCAACAAUCGCAGCGCUGCUGGGCACAGAAGAAGCACAAGUCACUGCUAUUCCGCAAAAUGUCAUGGUGGGGAAGAACAUGGUCAUGCCGCAAAGGCCGGUCACGCCCAACACGUCUAAGAGCCCUAUUGUCUGCAAAUACUGGCUCGCCUCCGGGUCGUGUCUGAGAGCAGACUGCAGGUUUGCCCACGACACAAGCGGAUACCUUUGCAAAUACUUCAUGCAGGGCCAGUGUUUAGCAGGAGACGCUUGUCAAUUCUCGCAUGAUCCUUCGCUGCUCAUCAAUCAGCUGUCGCUAUCGAGUUCGCCUGCGCCGCAACAGUUUCAGCCCGCGGAUUUCGAUCAGUCCUUCCCUUCCCUUGCCGUAACGCCGCCGCGUUCUUCGCUAUCGCCGGCCGCAAAUGGAUUCGUGCCCGCAUCACAGCGGAGUCGUGGCGGAGGCUAUUUGUCGACAUCUCGACCUCAAUCCAGACCGAGCUCACGACAUCAGAACAGGCCCGAGACGCCAUCGACGCUAUCGAUGGACGAUGACUCUUUUCCGACAUUAGGUUCGGCCAGGCGCACAACGAAACAUCACGGCACGCGAUCUCGACAUGGCGCUGCGGAGAAAGAGCCGUCGUCGCUCGCAGAUGUCGUGAGAAUGUCUCCUUCUCCAACGCCACCGACUCAGCCGAAGAAGAUGGAGAUUGCAGGCGCACGAAAGAUUCGAACCUAUGGCGGCAACGACAGCGUGGCAGCUCGCCGCAUUCCGGAGCCACAACACAUCCCCUGGCUCGAGACGGGCGCCAAAGCAAAUGCGCAGUAUCUGAAAUAUCGUGCUGAAGCCAUCAAGCAUGGCAGUGUGCGGAAUAAGUUUCUCCAAAGUGCUGCUCAAGCAUGGAACCGCAACGAUGCCCGGGCUGCCAAAGCGCUCUCCCUGCGCGCACUCUACGAGGAGCGGAACAAGCACUUACAGAACGGCGGCUUGAACGAUGAAGAGCUAUAUGUUGAUCUACAUGGCCUUCAUCCAGAAGAAGCAGUUUCGUACCUUGAUGCGAUUCUGCAACAACACGCCAACUCGUCACGGAAAGUCAUAUACGCUAUCACCGGGACAGGCCAUCACAGCAAGAAUGGCAAAGACAAGGUCGGCAAGGGCGUACGCGGGUGGCUAAACGAGGGCGGCUGGAGCUUCCGCGAGUUCAGUGUGCCUGGCGAGAGAGGCGGGUAUGUUGGCGGCGUGCUGGGUAUCGAUGUAAGCAGCGGUGCACUACGCGCUGGCCGAGAAGACGAGGAGAAGGAGGCGUUGGGUGGAGAUAUCAUCAUCGGCGAUGGCAAAGUCAGGGUCUUGAAGAGAGAAGAGGUGGGCUUGAGCUGA